GUCUCAUAAGUAACUCUGGCAGUUCGCUAGCUCGCGACUGCUGCUGGCGAUGGCGCUGACGCUUCGUCGACGUAGCUUGACGCGGCUCUUCUUCUUGGGUGUUUUCAUUAUCCUUGUCAAGGUCUUCCUCUGGUCGCCGUCCUCCAGCUCGGUAUACCCAUACUCGCAAGAUCCAUAUCAGAUUCGCGAGGCCAAUGUGCUCGACUUGGUUGCUCGCUCAGGCAAAGCGCUUGAUGUCCAGAGACACAAGUUCUUGCAAGUGAGGAUGGGAAGGGACGAAAGAGAGGAUAUCUUUUCCGACCUGGUUAGGGAUGGCGUGCAAGACUUUUGGGAUAAGUAUCAGAAGCCUUACAUUCUCAACGCCGAGACGGCGAAUAUGGACGCCCAGUCCGUGUAUACAGCCAUCGACACCCUCUUGUCUCUGAACGGCUGGGUGGCGGCUCUAUGCCCCACCCUCACGCGACCGUUCGCCCAGAACAAAUACGAGGAUGCAUAUGACGAUCUCAUCGCCCAGAACCAUCUGUACUACAUUGGCAUCAUUGUCCACUCCGCCGACCACUUCCUGACUGACCAGCUUGCGGUUAUCGUGCAGCUCUCAAAGCGCCUCGGACCAAGCAACAUCUUCGUUUCCAUGCUUGACUACUCCAGCUCAGACUCGACGGAGACUCUGACCGACCUCGCCGAAGCGGUGCUGACUUUGCUUGGCAUACCUUUCAGAAUUCGCCGUGUGCCCGCCAUGACUGCCGAUCCUGAGGCAGCAUACUAUCCACUCGAGGAAGCUCAUAUGCGCAACCUCGCACUUGAACCUCUGCGGGAGCUCCACUCGAAACGGAAUAUCAAGUUCUUCCGUGUCAUUUGGCUCAAGGGCUUCACCUGUCCUAAUGACAUCCUUGAGACUAUCAAAGUGAGCGUUGCCAACGAAGCGGCUAUGGUAUGUGGGAUGGACUGGGCGAAGCACAACGACUUCUUCAUCUUCUCAGACCGUUGGCGUACGCGUGACAUCCUCGGCGACCAGUUCCGCCAGUCGCCCUCCUCGUCCACGCCCGACGCGGGCCCGCCUCGCGACAAGCUCGGCUCCGCGCGCUACGCGCAGCACCUCCCCUUCCAGGUGUUCUGCUGCGAGUCGGGCACGCACGUCGUCGACCCCGCGCAGUCGUACUACCAGGGCAUCGCGUACCGCGCCGGGACGGACUACUGGAACGCGACGAGCAGCCAGGGGCGCAGUGGGGACCCCGACGCGAACAGGCAUAGUACGGGGCAGAACAGUGGGCCGCCGGAGCGCGCGGGCAAUGCGCCGUGUUUGGACAGCAGCCAGGCGUGGUUCUGCAGGGACCUGUGGGUCCAGAAGGCGAAGGAGGGUAUGAAGGAGGAGGAAUUCUCGGAUGCGGUGGAGGGUGGGAACCGCAGGCGCAGGCGUACUCUCACCAAGAGGGAUCCGGACCCGGAUGAGGAGAAUGAGCGCAGACAGGCAGCGGGAGGGCGCGAAGUCGACCCGGACGCAAACGUGGGCUCGGACUACGACGCCAUGCCGGAUGACGAGUCCGAGGAUGUCGACCUACCCUUGCCGGACUCGGACGACGAUUCCAGAUUAAGCGUACCCAACUCGGUGUUCCGCCCUGCCAGGAUUAUGAUCAACCCCCGGUGUGUUACGACGUACGCUGAUGUGUCGCACACCCAACUCGCGCUGGACUUGUUCGGUCCCGAAAAGGACAACGAUAGUCCGGAGGAAGGAGUGGGCAAGUACGUGUUGGAGGAUUGGGAGGGCGCGCCAGAGAGCUUCAUAUGUCAGGAGCAGAGGCAAACCGGAGGACGGACAGCCCCUAAGAGCCAGAGGCGUCUCGAGUUCUCAAUACACGAUGAGUUAGAGAGGAGGAUGUGAUCGUCGUACGGGCCGCUUGAUGGACUUCUGUAGCACUGGGAUUAGAGCCGUGUCUUGUAUUAUUAUUUGAGGUAAAAGUACUGAUCGACAAGAGUUAGGUUAAUCAUAUUCAUUCAAGAUCCCGGGCCUGACCGGCA